UUGCAUUUCAGCACGCAACAAACAUGCAACUUGGAGGUGGCAUGCCAGCUGUGAAUGCGCCGCCACCGCUGCCAGCACAGCCGCUUCCGUCCAGGACGCUGCUUCUCUGUGUGUGCAUGCAUGCGUGUGCAUUUCUUGCUGUCCAGGCAUUCUUGGCUUAUGUGUCUCCAACUGGUGCCCUCGUCAUGGCGCUUAUGUGUAUACCCUUUCUAUACCGCUUAUCGUACCAGGCAGCGGCAGAAUGGAGAGGUGGUGAAGGGUCGUUGGAUCGUAUCAGCACGCCUGGGGAGCGCCAACGUCUGUUGCUGUCGCCGUCCGAAAUCAACCUGCUCCUGACCGACCGCGACUUCGAUUCAAACGACUACGAGCGAUUGCUCCUCCUUGACGAGAACAACGUGAAGAAGUCACAUGGGGCCACCGACUUUGAGAUCAACAGGUUGCCGGUGGUGACCAUGAGUGAAUCCAUGCUCAAUGCAAGCAAGGGCGGUGUCGUGGAGGACUCGAAGUGCUCGAUCUGCCUGGAAGAGCUAGUAGUUGGGACGAAGGCGCGCAUGGUGCCGUGCUUCCACAGGUUCCACCCCGGAUGCAUCGACCCAUGGCUCAAGGACAAGGCGGAAUGCCCCAUUUGCAAGUAUCCUGCUGUCGCGUAAUGGAGAAACGUGUUGCACCUGUGACACUUUAUACCCCGUGCAAGUGGAUAACCUGUAUUAAAUUAUACUUGCCUUGACGA